AUUCUCUAGCUCUGUCCACAUCAUCGUCAAAUUCGUUCAGAUCUACUUCGACGUACUCCCUCAUCGGCAAAUUACGAAAUUGAAGAAACCCUUGCGAUAAACCAGCCUGACGCGAUAUGGCGCCACAGAAGAUUAAGCAAUGGAAGUCCGGCCAGGAUGGACUCGAGAAACUGUACAUGGAAGAGGUGGACAUCCCUACUCCAGGCGAAAAUGAAGUGCUGGUUGAGAUUCAUUCGGUGUCGCUGAACUACAGGGAUACUGAAGUCUGUAUGGGUCUCUACAACCAUCACAAACAUGUCGAGCAGCCACCCGCCGUUGUCCCUGCUAGCGACAUGUGCGGCAUCGUUGUUGCCGUUGGGCCCCGCCUGACAAACGCAACCGAUCCCUUCAUGGGCCCCGACUCUGCUAUCAACGAAGGUGACCGUGUCGUGGCAACGUUCGCGCAGACCCACGUCACCGGCCAAGUGCAAGCGCGUGACCUUGCAAACGGACUGGGCAACCCUCUUCCUGGUGUGCUCACACAGUACCGUGUCUUCCCCACCACCGGCCUGCUCAAGGUGCCGCAGUAUCUCUCCUCCGAUGAGGCGGCAUGCCUGCCCAUCGCAGCGGUCACGGCGUGGAUGAGUCUGAACUGCAUGCGUCCCAAGGGCGAGAUCAUCGGGGCGGACGAGACAGUCGUAUGCCAGGGUACGGGCGGUGUGUCUAUUUCAGCAGCGCAGAUCGCUUGCGCCGCUGGCGCAAACGUCAUUGUCACAUCCUCAUCUGAUGAGAAGCUUGAGCGUGCGAAAAAGCUCGGCGCGAAGUCGACGAUUAACUACCGCAACACGCCGGAUUGGGACAGCGAAGUCCUGAAGCUGACAGAAGAUCGGGGUGCGGAUGUUGUCAUCGAAGUCGGUGGCGCGCAGACGCUGCGCAAGUCUUUCGAGGCAGUGCGCUUCGGUGGGUUGAUCGCGUGCAUUGGCUACCUCUCUGGCAAGGAGGACUCGGAAGGCGACAGGACCAACACCAACUUGCUAUGUCUGAAGCGGAACGUCACAUUGAAGGGCAUCAUCAACGGGCCCCGUGACGAAUUUGCACGCAUGCUGCAGUUCUAUGACGAGAGAAAAAUCAGGCCUGUUGUCGACAAGGUGUGGAAGUUCGAGGAGGCGGAUAAGGCGCUACAGUACCUGUUCAGCGGCGGUCACUUCGGCAAGGUCGUCAUCAAAGUCAAAGAGUGAACCCGAACACGUGUUGAAUGAUAGUCAUGAAAUAAUUUAAACAUUAA